AUGUCCCGAGGCAUGACCACAACCGCGACAGUCACAGACAUCGCGGCCUUGCCCAAGAGCAGGCAGUCUCGCCCCCAGAACAAGAUACUUGCUCAGUUGGACGAGCAAUUGCACCACCUGAGCGUCACCACCCUUCCACCAUAUCCGUACCUUCUCUCGGUGCCAUCGGACGUUCCCUACCGCCAUAGCUCGCGCUUUGUCAACACCUGGUAUGAAGGCACGCCCUUCGAUCGCUCCGAAGAACAAUUACAGUAUCUUAGCUUCCUCCCACACCAGGGCGAACACGAGUCUCUGCUGAAGGUUGAGGGCGGUUGGGCAGACGAUCGCGGCAACCCGAUCGAAGAAGAAGAACUUUCGCCAAAGGCGCUUCCAGUAAGCGGUCGCCAUACUCCGGCUGAACUGGGCGCACGCAAAAAGAUCAGCCUGCAGGAUUACAAGACGAAAGCCAAGACCCCGCCAGAUUCUGCACCAAGAUCUCAGCCUCUAAAGCCCGUCGAGAAACCAGCUCGGCAGCCAGCAGAACCGAAGACAGAGGUGCGGGACAGUCCACCACCGCCGCUAGAGAAGAAGAAAGAGGAACAACCCAUCUCAUCGAAGACGAACGAGAUCAAAGAAAUACCGCCAAAGGUCCUCCAGAUGGAUGCCCCAGGGUCAAGUAAGAUCGAGGCGAAGUCGCAGCAGAGUGACUCACCUAACCCGGCCAAGCGAAGAAAGCUUUCUCCGUCUUCCGAAGAACCCCAUAAUGUCAAGAUAGGGCCUAAGGUCGAGUCCGACUCGUCCGCCGUGAAGAUGCCGAGGUUGCUCUCACCCACCCUGCCGUCGCCGGAAAAAGCGAAGGAGAAAGAGACACGACUACCGCAACUAUUGUCUCCUCUCCUACCUCCGUCGCUGGCGAAGGAACUGUCCACGCCUUCAAGCACCAUAUCAAUUGGUAGCCCUGCCACCACGCCGCACAAGCGCUCAGAUCCCGUACGUUCGAUCCUGGCUGGAGCCGAUCUUGACAACGGUCAGGUUGGGGAUAGGAACGGACUGAGGCCGGCCGGCAGCAGGGUGCGUUCGGAUAGUCAGCAUUCAGCAAAGAGCAGCGCACCUGGUACUCCAAUCCCUGCUAAGGUCGCGCUGGGCGCAAAACUUCUGGGUAGGAACGUUGUCAAGGGUGCAACGCCGCUUCACAAUGGAGUUACCCGCAGCCCAGGCCCUCGUCAGAGGCACACUAUCAUUCUCAAAUAUGGAAAGAAGAAUCGCAAGAGGGUAGAAGCGUUACUGAAAUUCGCGGCUCGGCCGAAAAAGGACUUGAUACGGCAUGAAGCAGCGGACCGUCGCAGUACUCCAGAGCUACAUCAGAGAAAGGAUGUGGCCAAGGAGUCAAUAGUAUCGCAGCCUUCUAGAGACGUCAAGCCGAAGGGCUCGGCUGUUGACGACGUCAAGCCGGAGAGAGAGAAGAAGAGAAAGGCCGAAGACAGCCCUGGCCCGUCAAUGAAGAAGGUCAAGGCAGUCGAAGCCGAGAAACGCCCAACCACACCUGUGGCGCCUACUGUCAAGACACCACUAGCAAAUCAACCACGGUCAACUUUCUCUACGCCCAAAAAGGAGUUCAAAUCCGCCGCUAUGAGGCGAGUAGAGUCGACCGAUGGUGCCGAUGCCCCAACCCCGACUGGAGACAAGGUGAGGGUGUCAACACCACAAGCCGCACUCAAGCCAUCCCCUCAACCUCCAGGCAGCACCAUCUCUUCCCGACAAGAAGACCGACACCAGUGGUUUAGUCUGAAUGAGAAGUAUUUCGCUCUGGGCCGCAAAGUCAAGAGAGAGGGAACGGCUAUACAACCUCAUCUUGAAACUCCCAAAGCCAUGCUGCUUCUGAUCGAUGCCUUACUAUGCUUCAUGAUCAAUAUCGGCUCGAUGUCAUAUGCGCGCCCUAAUGCUGACCCGGGCUGGAGAAACAUUCUGGCGUAUCAUGUUUUCGUGUGGCGUGCUUCGAGGAAGUUUCCCCAUCUUCAUGCAUUGGUGGUACAACUGGGAGCAGUCUGUCGGCAACUCGUCCACAAGUACGACAUGGACAAAUUGGCGCGAGAUCCCUUACCAGAAGACUAUUGCAAUUCCGCCCCUACACCUGGGAGCGAUGGCGUCACGAAGACAAACGAGGACGGGGAAAAAUACAAGAAGGGAUAUGUCGAGUUCAAAGACCAGCUUAUCUCAAACGCCCGGGAGUUACAGACCGCCUGGUUUGAUGGUUCGCGCCUUUUAUCGCUCGACCUUCUGGAACGCGAGUACCCGAAGACGUGGUCGAAGCGGUCGAAAGAUUCGAGUACGAGACUCCAGGAGAAGCCCACGCCUUCUAGGAUUCCAAAUGACUUCUACCUGCCAUUGGACGCCAGUAGCACACCAUUUGAGGCUGUCAAGUUCGGGAUGGCAUUCCUCGAGGAGUGGGCGGAGAAGGAGAAGGUUGAUUGGAAGACCAGGAUUGAUUUAUGA